AUGGGGUUCCUGGAGGAGCAAGAUCUUAGUAAUGUGCCCAGUAUCACAGAAUACUAUAAGGGAAAGACUAUAUUUGUUACUGGAGGCUCAGGUUUCAUGGGCAAGGUGCUGCUGGAGAAGCUUCUGUACUCCUGUAGCGACCUAGACAGGAUCUAUGUGCUGUUGAGGAGUAAGAAGGGAGUUAAUCCAGAGGAUCGUUUGGCUGCCUUGUAUGCCUCGGAAUGCUUUUCCCGACUUCGAAAAGAAAAGCCUGGCCUCUUCGAGUCCAAGGUAUUCUUCAUAGCCGGAGAUUGCAGCGAAAUCGGGCUUGGUAUGUCCGAAGAAGAUAGAGCCUUAAUCGUAAAUCGGGCUCAUAUUGUUUUCCACGUUGCCGCAUCUGUCAGGUUCGACGAUACUUUAAAAGUAGCCGCAGGACUGAACCUAAGAGGUACAAGGGAAUUGGUAGAGCUCGCUAAAGAAAUAAGGAAUUUAGAAGUUUUACUACACGUAUCUACAUCAUACGCGAACACAAACCGCGAGACCAUUGAUGAAGUGGUUUACCCACCGCACGCUAAUUGGAGAGACACGCUAGAAGUAUGUGAGAAGAUGGAUGAAGAGACUCUAAAGCAUUUAACACCUAAAUAUCUAGGAGAAUUACCGAACACAUAUGUAUUUACGAAGCAGUUGGCCGAACAUGUGAUAUAUGAGCAGAAGGGCAAGUUGCCGGUCAUUAUAGCGAGACCUUCCAUAGUAAUUUCCGCAAUCGAGGAACCUUUGCCAGGUUGGAUUGAAAACUUUAACGGUCCCGUUGGACUACUGAUUGCUAGUGGAAAAGGUAUUCUUCGAAGUGUGUACUCCGAUCCCGAUCUGGCUGCAGAUUAUAUACCAGUAGAUGUUGCUAUUAAGAUGUUCAUCGCGGGGGCUUGGCUAAGGGGUACCAAGAAAUUAGAAGCUACGGAUGAAGUGGAAGUAUACCACUGUUCCAGCAGUCACAUGCAAAUAAUGACGGUUGGCGAGAUUGUUGACAACGGCAAAGAAAUCAUUCAAGAAAUGCCAUUCGAUAAUGUAUUGUGGGCGAACAAUGGUGGGGUUACUAAGUCAAGAUUAGCUUAUAAUUUAAGGGUUCUCUUAUUGCAUUUACUUCCGGCUAUACUUGUCGACCUCGUGUUGCGAAUCAUCGGAAGGAAACCUAUGCUUUUCAAAAUACAACGACGCAUAUACACAGCCAACAUCGCCCUUCACCCGUAUCUGACGCAGCAAUGGAAAUUCCUUAACAACAAUUUACUGGCCUUACGUGAAAAAAUUAAAUUGGAAGAUAAAAAAAUGUUUAACUAUGCCGUGGAAAUGAUUGACCAGCUUGAAUACUUCAAGACUGGUGUACGCGCAGGAAAAAUGUAUUUAUUAAAGGAAAAGUUAGAAGAUCUGCCGAAAGCAAAAGCGCAUUAUAGAAG